AUGGACAAGGAAUGGACAAAGAAAAACCCCAGGAGUAAAGAGUACCAAAAUGGUCUUGAUUCUUUUCUAGAUUAUGCAUACACCAAAGGAAAACCCCGCGGGAAAGAGAUUUUGUGUCCUUGUGCUAAUUGUUACAAUAGCAAUUGGUUUACAAGGAAUGAAGUACGAAAUCAUUUAAUUGAAUUUGGAUUUCAAAAGGGAUAUGACGUUUGGGUUCGACAUGGUGAGAAGAAACCCAAACUCGGUGAUCUUAAUGAUAAUCUUAUGAAUGAAGAAGAGGAUCAAAUUGACACUAAUGAUGGGCUAUUGCAUGAAAGAUUUAGAGAUGCUGUACAAGAAGAAAGUGAUGUAAAUGUAAGCCUCAAUGAAGAUGCAAAAAAGUUCUAUAAUCUAGUCGAAGAAGCCAAACAAGAUUUGUAUCCCGGUUGCAAAAACUUCUCUUAA